AUGGCAAGGACAUCGCAGAUUGUGGAACACAUCAAAACCUUCGAGGACUUUAUAAGAAAACCCGAACAUGCACAAGAUCCGUCUUGGUCGUCAAUAUCGAAUCAAGCUUUCAUGGACUGUGCAACUCUGAUCACCCUGCUGGCCGCAGCCAUCCCACUGGUCGCAUAUCUCGUAUACAGAAGAUACGAAUAUACACACCGUCAGCCAUUCCGCUUCCUAGACCUUCCACAAGAAUUGCGAGACAUGGUCUAUGCAAACCUCAUUGAAGACCCCGUCUAUCCACCCCCAAGGUCCCGGGAAAAUUAUCGCAAGGGCCUGUGGCUUCUAUCCAGCCGCGCCACUUCGGCACCACUCUACCAAGGCCGACUUCACGACAAAAAUUGCAUCUUCCUCGUCAGCAAGCAACUCUACAGAGAGUACAUGGACAUGAUCUGCAAAAAAACCACCUUCCACCUCACCGUCUCCCCCCAAAACUACCAACCCUCAUCCACCCCCUCCACCUCCCCACCCAACGACCACAUCUGGAACAUCGGCAAAGACACCCUCCAAAACCUCAAAACCUGCUCCCUAAAACUGAUCACCACCUCCGCCAUGCUCGGCGUCACCGACCCCCGCAACAUGACCUCCUCAGACUGGCCCCUCGCCCGCAAAAUCCACGAACAACUAAAAUCAACGAAAAGCAUCACCAACCUCACCCUCGAAGCCAAAGCCCUGGGUGACCCGCUCUGGAACCCGCUCUGGAUCUGGUACCACGCCUACCAAUCUUUCAUCCCAAUCGGCACCCCGCUCUCCCAUACCCGCCCCUUCGGCCCUACACUCUCCCGCAUGACCUUUACCCUCGACACCUGGAGCCCCGGCGAAAAUUAUCUUCAGCGUGACGACCGCCGCCACGGGCGCUGGAUGUGGUAUUGUAUGCUUGGACAUGAGCUUGCUUGCGAUCUUGGGCCCCAGAUGACGGUGCGUGAAUUUUGUGGGAGGUUGUAUCAGGAGUGUGUGCGGUGUAGGACGAGUGGGGAGGACGAGUGGCAGGAUUGA